AUGUCAGCAGGUUGGGGUGAUCAGCCUCAAUCGCAAGGCAAUGAGCAAUACGCGACUGAAUACGCCCCUCCCGAUCCUAAUUUAAUCAACUUCCCUUUCCACUACCCACUUCAAUCCGACCAUCGUACCAGCCACGGUCAUCUUUCUCAACAUGAGUCGUCAUGGACCUCGUUGCAGUCUCAGGUUCGCUAUCAUGACGAUGCGACCGUACUGCUAGGAGGUCCUUCAGGUCAGGUAGCAAGUCUUCACGAUCAAUCAUCAUGGACCCCGCAGCAGUACUUGGAAGGUGGUCAAGUACACACCACUCACUAUCCGCAACCCUCUGGGCACUUGCUGCAGGACCUUGUCCAUCCAAGACCCCGUCAUUUCUUGGAUCUGGGUCUACCGAGCUACAUCGACGCGUGGCAGACCCAGCAUCCCUCCAUCCCAUCCGCAAAUGCGCCGGCGAGUCAUGCGACAUUGAACCCAGAGUCCUCUUUGGAUGACUCGGGGUCAACGUCGUCCGUGCCCAACCUCACCCAUUCAACAUCCUAUGAUGUUUUUGACGACGUUGUCCGUCACUCGAACGUCCUUUCCCCUCGCCGUCAAGGACGACCCCCCGGGGGAUCCAUCAGGUCAACUCGCUCUUCCCGCCGAAGCACCAAACUCACGACCAAAAGUUCAGUUGCGUCGUUUAUCGACCUGAGGGUCAUCCCAUUCGGCUCUCAAGAUUUUGUGGAACUGUGCAAAGAAACUAUAAAAAUAACUGCCUUCGGCAAAUCGUUGUUGCUCUCACCUGAAUCUACGAGGGAAAUGAUGGAAUCUUCAUGGCGUACCCUGACCUAUCGAGAGGUUGAUGGUGCGGUUCGCCACUGGGCAUUGGAUAAGCUCAACAACGACGAGAAAUUUAGGACCUCGAAGCUAGAGCCCGUGCUCGUGGGGAUACUUGACAGGAUGAAGACAGUGGUGAAAUUGUUUGUAUAUCACGAGUAUGGCCUCGCGUUUGACUACACUAUAACGCUGGACGACUCGCAUAUCGUUGAGCGCGCGACGCGUGUCCAACGUUUGGUGCAGAACGACACGUUUUUGUACGGCCGAUUAUCCGUUGAGGGAGUCGACAUCGAGGUCGCUUUCGCAAACCCUGCCAUCCUAUCGAUGACGUCGUACCUCUUGCGCGACAGCGACCACAAGUAUCAUCGGUACAUUAAGGAUCUCGGUAUCAAGCCGUUACUCGCCAUGAUUGCGACUUUCUGUCGGUGGGCACUGCAAGAACGCAGCACAGGGAGAUGUAUUGCAAGUAUAUUUUUGCCGGAGGCGAACCGCGUUCACCACGAACGUUAUGAGUCGUUAUUGGACGCUCUGAGUCCAUCACAACUAAUCGCGCUUACAUCAGUCCUUCUCGCUAACAACAGCGCGUUGUAA